GCAAAUGCCGUGCUCCGGAAGCAGUUGGGGCGGCGUGCGUAAAGGUCGCCGGCUAGAAAAGCUCGCGCAACGGCGGAGUUGGUCGGUGGUGGGAUUGCCAUGUUUCUCACAGUGACCAAUUUGGCCAAGGCCAAAGCAAAGUAUAUUCUUGUAAGACUGUUGAGUGAAGCAGGAACAGGCACUUCUGUCAAUGUAGUGCGGCCUCGGCUUCAAGAAAAGCUGGUUAUACUGAGAUAUGAUCCUGCUGUUAAACAGCGUGUCCUCUUCAAAGAGCAGAAAAAGAUCCGUUCCCUGUAGAUGACAAAUGGCUAAGUCGAUUUUAUUCAUACAUAAGGCAGACUCAUGGGGGGAAGCGUUAUGUCAACCUGCAGUGUUGUGAGAAAGGAGAGGAAAUGGACUGAGAUGGCUGCCUCCUGUGAUUUGAAGGCCAUUGUGAACAAGAACAAUGUGGAAAAAGAAAGCAGUUGGUGUCUAGCCACGGAUCAUCAUCUUCAUCAACAACAACUUAUUUUAUCUUUUCAUUUAUUUUUACAGUUCUCAAUUAAAAUAGCAAAUCCCA